AUGACUAUUUCUAUCGAAGACACCGUUGACUAUGGACGCCCCAUGAAGGUCAUCGUCAUUGGCGCUGGUAUUUCGGGUAUCCUUGCCUCCAUCCGAUUCCCGCGUCGGAUUCCAAACCUCGAUCUCGUCGUCUAUGAGAAGAACUCGGAGGUUGGUGGAACUUGGUUUGAAAACCAUUAUCCCGGUGCUGCAUGCGAUAUUCCCGCUCAUGUUUACCAAGCUACAUUCGAGCCGAACCCGAACUGGUCCAAAUUUUAUGCUUCCAGUCAAGAAAUUCUCCGGUAUUGGAAGGGCAUUGUUGCAAAGUACGACGUGGAAAAGUAUAUGAAGCUGAGUCACAAAGUCAUUGAGGCUCGGUUCAACGACGCUGAAUCGAAGUGGCAUGUUAAGAUUGAAAACUGCCUUACCGGAGCCGUGAUCGAGGACACAUGUGAUGUUCUCUACGGAUGUCUCGGCGCUCUGAAUGAUUGGAAAUGGCCGGAGAUUCCAGGUCUAUCCAGCUUUAAGGGCAAGCUUGUCCACAGUGCUGCAUGGGAUGAUAAUAUGAAUGUGGAGGGCCUUUCCGUUGCAGUAAUUGGCCUUGGUUCUAGCGCCAUUCAAAUCGUGCCCGCUCUUCAGUCUAAGGGAGAAGUACGGAAACACACCGACACCGAGUCCAAUUUCCAAUUCACGCAGGAGGAGAUUGAAGAAUUCAACAAGCAUCCCGAGACUCUCCUAGAGUAUCGCAAAAGACUCGACAGCGAGGUUUCAACGAUGACAAAGUUCCUUCUACGUGGCGAGCUUUCUGAUCGGGCUACUGCCGACUUCACUAAGCAUAUGACCGAAAAGCUGGCAAAGAUGCCUGAGAUCCUCAAGAGCAUCAUCCCAUCCUUUGCCCCAGGCUGCAGACGUAUUACACCUGGACCAGGCUUCCUUGAGGCUGUCACCAAGCACAACGUAUCUUUUAUUUCGCAGCCAAUUUCGAAGGUCACCGAAGACGGAAUUGUCACCGUGGAUGGCAAUCUGCGCAAGGUAGAUGUCAUCAUCUGUGCCACCGGAUUUGACACGUCGUUUUCCGGACGAUUCCCAAUUUAUGGGAGUGGCAACCUAGACCUCAGCGCCAAGUGGAAAGAAUACCCCGAAACGUACCUCAGCAUGAGCACCCACGGGGUUCCCAACUACUUCGUUGCCCAUGGUCCAAAUUCGGGUGUUGGGGCGGGAUCCAUCGUGAUUGUGCUCGAACGCACCUGUGAUUAUGUUUCUGCGGUUAUUGCUAAGAUGCAAAAAGAUCGCAUAGCGACUAUACAGCCCCGCCAGGUCUCCUGCGACAUUUUCAAAGCUUCUUGUGAAGAAUUCUUCAAGAAAACGGUGUUUUCCAUGUCCUGCCGAUCAUGGUACAAACGCGGCGCCGAGGAUGGUCCAGUCACUGCCCUCUGGCCCGGAUCCUCCCUCCAUUUUGCCAAGGUCCUAGAGACGCCGCGGUUCGAAGACUAUGAAUACACAUACGUUAGUGAACAAAUAAGUCCUUGGAUGGGCAAUGGGUUCACCAUGGCCGAGCUAGAUUCCUCGGUUUCGGCAUCAGACUAUCUUAACCCGGAAAACAUCGACUAUCCUUCGGUCCCGUACAAGGCUUAA